AUGAAGUUGUUCUUCGUCGUCGCAGCUCUCUCCAUGGCCAGCGGUGUCUUCGCGGGCUUGGACUGUGGCGGAUACUGCCAAUGCCUAUUCGACGAUGGAAGCCACUGCUGUGUCGACACAACUUACGGCGGAUCAGGAGCCACUGGAGGUGUGGGAACAAAGGUCGGCGAGGACUGCCAAGCCCGCUGCUCUUCGCGCCAGCGAGGCUCCGACGGAGCGGCCUGUGGUGGCGCUGGCAAAUGGAGCUGCGUCUCCGCUUGGAACGGCCAAUUCCGCUCGUCGUGCAAGCCAGACUGGACGACUUAG